AUGCUGUCCACCAUCCUUGCCGCGGCUUCCAUUGCCGUGAUGGGACCCGAGUCCUCGUCUCAGUUCUUCAAUAUCAAUGGCAGCAUCCAGUCCACCAACACCAGCCUGUAUCUCAACGUCGGCAGCGACAGCACCUCGUACAAGACCCUGACGUUCGGCACGGCCGCGUCGACGAGCGCGUGGGCCCUGGAGGGGGACACGAUCAUCACGGCGCAGAGCAGCAGCUGGGGACGGCUUGGACGGAAGCUAUUGGCAGGUCUACCUGCAGACGGGGAGUGCGACGCCGAGUGGGGUGACUUGCAGCAAUUACCAGUCGCUGCAUUUGCCUUGCCUUUGCUGAGCGUGGGAGACGGAUACGCCACAUAA